GUAUUUAAGGGAGAGUCGCGAGCGUAGCGCGCCAGUUACUACGGCCGAUUGCCUCCACGAGGUGGAGGUCCCAUAAGCUUUGCCACCGCCGCACCGAUUCCGGCCCGCUUGAAAGAAAACGGCGCGAAAAGUCUCAGGCCACGUGACCCCGAAUUUUCCGAAUUUUCACUCGCCUUUCAAGUCUGUCUCUCCGGGUGUCUCCGUUUAUUCGCAAUAUAUAUAUAUAUAUAACGUUAUAUUCCGUCGCUCGAGAUUCACAUUCUGUCGAUUCUGAAGUGACGUGGAAGUCGGAAGUCUUCGCGAGCAAGCUCGGAAGCAAUACCAAUUUGCGAUUAGUAUUAAAGUAGAAGUGACAGUAAAGAGAAAAAAGAGGUGGUCGAGUCCGUGAAAACAAGUCGUCGAAACAUGAAUGGAUGUGCGUCCCGUGAGGAAAUUCGCGGCGACUCACGAAAGUGCAUCACGAUUUAUGGAAGUAUUUGAAUCGCUGCGUCGACGAGGGCUCUUUCGAGGAACUUACGCUCGCGAACCGUGCAGAUGAGUGUGCUGCUAAGCGGUCAGAAAAUAAAAAGAUAGAAAUAAAACUCAAUUUGCCAGCGAGCAAAUCGCGGCGGAUAGAGGCUUUAACGAGGCAAUAAAUAUCGCGUGUGUGAAUAUGUGUGUGUGUGUAUCUAGGGAAAGAAGGCGAAUCGUUCGGAUCCGGUGCCCGAUGCUGCUGACAUUGGGGCUGCUCCUGGUGCUAUCGAACGCCGGAGCUGUUCACCGACAAUCGAAUCUUCUCCUGCCGUUUACCAACAUCUCGUUUCGGUUCAGCAAGGCAGCGACUAAUCGCGGUAUUUCAGUCACCAGGAUCCUGCAGGACGGGCAACUCGAACGUGUGAUCCGACUGCCUGGAAUUUGCGCCAAGGAGACCGUCGUCGAUUGGGGAGACACAGAGGUAGCGCUGAAGCAAGUCUGGCUGCAGGAAGCGGGUAGAAAGUUGCAACUGAUAUACGAGGGUGGCACGCUGACCGACUGCGUGGACGAGAAACUCGACGCCGACGACGAGAGAUCUUGCACGUCGAGCACCCACUUGGACGAUGACUACGAUGACGAAACGUCCGUCGAACUGUUCGACGUGGACGAUCAGGAGGACUCGUUGAGAAUCCCGCAGAACCUCUCCUGGCUCUCGUCCACGCUCGACCUCCGUCACCGAUGCGCCCACCUGAGGAACAGGGCGCGAAAUCAACUGAUCUCGCAGCAUCGACGGAGGAAAUACUCGAAGCUUCUGAACGAAACGAACGGCAGUCACCGCCAGAGACGAGGUAAGAGCCGCUCGCGGAGAGACUUGUUGAUGAUCCCGGGGACACAAUGGUGCGGCCGCGGUCAUCGAGCCACGAAAUACACGAACCUAGGUGGUUUUGGCACGGCUGACGCAUGCUGUCGCAGACACGACACAGCCUGUCCUUUCUUCAUCCCGGCCUUCGAGACGCGCUAUGGUCUUUUCAACUGGGGUAUCUCGAGCAUGAUGCAUUGUGCCUGCGACGAACGAUUCCGCACAUGUUUGAAAAUGGCUGGCACAGCGUCUGCGAAUUUCAUCGGGAAGAUCUUCUUCGACGUUCUGAGAACGAAAUGUUUCAUACUGAAGCCGCAGAAGGUUUGUACGAAGUGGUCCUGGAUGGGCAAGUGCCAGCACCACGAGUACCGAAAGCAGGCUCACGUCCGGGAAAAUGUUCCUUACCAUUAA